AAAAGAUGAAAGAAAGUUUUCUUUUAUAAAACCACGCAAUUCCGGAGAAGGUAAAACGGACAUGAUGCUAUGACUUCCUGGCUGGUGCAACACUCGGUGGUUGGGUUGGGCUGGAAAGAGAAAAACUGCAUGUAUAUACAACUGAGCAAUCGCAGACAGAGAAUAUAAAUAAAGAAUGAGAGAGUCAGGGAGUCAUUCUAUAGAUUGAAGUUUCUCUUCUAUACCAUUCAAGAAAAGAUAUCAUACAAUGAAAUCGUCCAGUGGUCUAUUGUUGGUGGUGUUAACCCUUUCUUUUAAUGAAGGGUUGGCCAAGCCUGUGUUCGAGUUUGAGGAUUGGAGGAUUGGUGAAGAUAACAAUAUGGCAGACCCUUCUCAGGAUGCAGACAUGGAGCCAAGAAGCUUCUUAGUGCAAUCAUCAUGGGUAUCGAGUUCAAACGAUGAUUCAGGAUCUGGUGAUGCCUACUCGGGAUCUGGUGAUUACAGUGACUGGCUUAGUACGUCUGGAUCAGAAUCUGGAUCAGGAUCAGUAUCAGAAUCAGGAUCCGGAUCAGAAUCAGAAUCAGAAUCAGCAUCAGCAUCAGGAUCAGGAUCAGGAUUUAUGUCGGAAGAAAUAAGAGUUUCUGAACUUAAGCAAUUCAUACCACUAUAUUUGCAUCAUGCACACAUCGCUUUAGAAUGAACUCUCUAUCGAAUCAGAUAGUUGAAGGUUGUUGAGGAUUAUGACGAAUCAGAUUGUAAUGAUCAUUUUAUAUGUUGUGAAUGGCAUCAAACAAUAAUAUUCCAAAAAUAUCCCAAUACAUAAAUUAUAUAAUAUAUAGAAGUUGUUUCUUUUCAUUUAAUUUUU